GAUUAUUUGAUAUCUGAAAAGAAAUAAAACUGGUUUCAAAAAUGAAACUAUAAAGUUAUUAAGUUCCUUUUUUAAAAAGGAAGUACAGUUUAAAAAAAAAAACUAUAUAAAUGCAUGACAAGGUUAAAAAAUUUAAGUCUCAUUUAUCCAUUUUUAUUAUUUCAUAAAUGUGAAAUGGUCCAGUUAUUAACAAAAAGUUUUGUGAUGCAUCUUUUGUUCGUGCUUUUUGCUGUCUUUACCUCUGUCAUAGGAAAGUGUUCAGAAAGUAUUUGUUCUGAGGGCCAGACAUGUUGCGAAAACUGGAAAAGCUGGGAAUGUUGUCCUUUACCCAACGCUGUAUGUUGUUCUGAUGGAUUUCAUUGUUGCCCACAAAAUUAUGUAUGCAACCUCACCACACUUCAGUGCAAUUCUGAGCAGAAUCCAGAACGAGUCUAUUUCAAGACAGUUUUGAAUCUGAAAUCUGCUUUUAACAAAAUGCCCAAUUUCAUACUUUGUCCUGAUAGUUCAGUUUGUUCUACUGGAUCAACUUGUUGUCAUCGAAAAGGAAGUGGAUAUGAUUGCUGCCCGUAUCCAAAUGCAAGUUGCUGUGCUGAUAUGCAACAUUGUUGCCCAUCCGGCUCUGAUUGCGAUUCAACAUCCCAGUAUUGCAUAAGAAAAAACUCUUCUACUCCUGUAUCUGCUACACUUUUCAAUAAAUUCUGAAAAAAAAAAGAA